AUGGAAGAAGCCUUUUCUGUCGAAGAGUUGGGUCGACGACGGUUCCGACAUCCCGAAUGGGACGGCCGGCGAAAGUCUUUCAUUAUCCCCAAGGUAAUGAUGGGCGCCAUAAUUCUCGUCAUGUUCCUAGCAAUCAUGUCCAAUUUCUUUGGAACAGCCUUCAGACAGACUGGCCGAAUCAAGGCCCUCAAGAUUCUCGCCAUUGACUACGACGGAGGCAACAUCGGCGAAGCUACCCAGAAAGCCUACUCUGAACUGCAACGCGACUCCUUCCCGACCGUCGAAUUCCGAUCAGCAACUGACUACCCUGACUCUGCUUCCGUCUGCCGUGCUGUCUGCAGUGGCCACUACUGGGCCGGCAUAUACACUCAUUCGAACGCUUCUUCUCGAUUAUCAGCUGCCCUCGACGGUGGCAUUGCAGCAUCUUCGUACAAUUCGACCGACACGUUCACAUACAUUUACAACCAAGCACGUUAUCCAACUGUGGCAGACGGCCAAAUCCGCACUGGCAUUGAGGAAUUGAUAGAAGGUGCCCGGAGCGCCUACUACUUGUCCACGGGCGGGAAAAAUGGGUUUUCUUCUAUCAACAGUUCCGACGAAAAGGCCGUCAUCGCAUAUCUCAACCCUUUCAGUGCCACUAUCGACCUUAUCAUGCCCACUACCCAAGGCACCCGUGUCUAUUAUAACACGGCAUUUAUGGUGGUGCCGAUUCUAGCGCAGUUCUUUCUCGUCCUCGCUAUGAAUGGCAUUAGCUCGCAGCAUCAAGUCUUCACGCAUGCUAGUAUUCGGGAUGUUUGGCUGAUCCGUUUCGCAAUCGGAAAGGUCUACUCCUUUGUCGGCGCCUUGGUUAUGGCUGGGUACUUGUGGGCGUUUCGCGAGGACUGGAACGUUACUGGACGACAAUUUGUCUUGACUUGGCUCGUGAUGUGGCUUCAUACUGAGGUCAACUGGGUGUUAAUGGAGUCCCUUAUUGCGAGCUACAUUCCGCUGCAAUUCAUUUCUCUCUUCGUUGUCAGCUGGGUGAUGGUCAAUGUCGCCAGUUCCAUCUUUCCCUUUGAGCUAAGUCCUGGCUGGUAUCGUUGGGGGUAUGCACUACCCGCCCAUGAGACAUACGAGAUGCUUGUGUAUGUUUGGUCUGGCUGCGCAAACCCAAUGCGAGUGGCUCUUCCUGUUAUGUUUAGUUGGCUGGUUCUUGGGCAUGUCAUCGCCUGGUUCUCAAUUCGAAAGCGAUGUCUUGAUGCCGAGCGAGAGUUGAAAAUGGCCAACGGCAGUCGUGACAAUUCUGAGUCCAACUAG